CGCACCAUGAACGCCAUCUUCCUCAUCGGCCAGGUCACCGGCGUGGCCUCCAUCGCCUGCCUCCUCCUCCUCGCCGUCGCCAAGCUGCUGUCCCGCCGGCGCGGCGACAGCGACGCGCGGGACGGCGACGGGCGCGCGGUGCUGAUCACCGGCUGCGACAGCGGCUUCGGACACCAUCUGGCGCGACGCCUGGACCGCCGGGGCUUCGUGGUGUUCGCCGGGUGUCUGUGUCCGGAGGGGGCCGGGCCCCGCAGCCUGGUCCGGGAGGGCUGCGGCAAUGUGACCGUCCUCAAGCUGGACGUCACCAGCGACGCGGAGGUGCAGCAGGCAAAGCGGGUGGUGCAGGAGAACCUUCCGGAGAAAGGCCUGUGGGCGGUGGUGAACAACGCCGGGAUCACGGACUGGGCCGAGAUCGAGUGGAGCUCCAUCGGGGACUUCCAGAAGAUGGCGGACAUCAACCUGUUCGGCCCCAUCAGGACGUCUUUUGCCUUCCUGCCGUUGAUCCGCGCAUCCAGAGGCCGGAUGGUGUACAUGUCGAGCAUCUUUGCCUUCUUCAACUGCCUGAACAUGGGGGCGUACAGCGUGUCCAAGAGGGGCCUGGAGGCCUUCGCGGACUGCCUCCGGGUGGAGGUGGCCAGCUUCGGCGUCAAGGUCAGCAUCAUCCAGCCGGGGAAUUUCGGGCAAGCCACCAACAUCCUGAAGACCAAGACGAGCGGGGACAUCUGGGACAAAUUGGGAGACGAGCGCAAGCCGCUCUUCAACCGGCAGUACGUCGACGCGGCCAACGAGUACUUCGCCGCCACGUGCCGGAGCGGCUUCGCGAGCGCCGACAUGGUGGUCGACGCCAUGGCGCACGCCGUCACCGCGGCUCGGCCCAAACACCGGUACCUGCUGGCCUCGGCCGCCGACACCUUCUUCUUCCAGCUCUUCCCGCUCCUGCCCAGCGUCCUCGCCGACGCCGUGUUCUCCUUCAGCUCCAUGUACGCCAAAAGGGAGGAAAUGCUCUACGCCAAGUAGGCUGUGGACGGG